GCGGCUGGGUGAAGGGGCGCCGUCUCUCAUCCCCUCCGCUCCUCUCGCGAUACCAAACGGCCAAGCAGAGGAAAGCAGUCUGACUGCGGCACGGCUGCGCUUUCUUUCGUUUUUUUAGUUUUACUUUUGUCUUGCACUCGUUUUAUUCUCUGCCCACACAUGCAUUGGCGAAUACCGAUCCUGGCUUAAAGUCUCUGUUAUAAACAUUUUAUGUCUGAACUCGAGAGGCUGCUCUCCUUCACCUCAUCCUACCUGGCGGCUGACAGUCAUGAGCCAGAGAUGUCCGCCGGGGUAGCUGAGCAUGACCCAUCGGCGGCGAUACCAGCGCCCGCCUCAGCCAUGGAAGGAAGCGUUUUGCCGUGUUCCUUCUACGGCUGCAAGCGGACAUUUACCGACUUGCAGAAACUGACCAGCCACACGGAGAGUCACCAAAUCCCAACAGAGUCUCUUCCAGGAAAAGCAUUCCAGUGCUCGUCGGUGGGCUGCAGCGGCGUUUUCCCCAACAUGCAGCAGCUCAUGGAGCACAUGAGGUGCCACUACAAGCCCAACCACUACUUCCUGUGCGAGAGCUGCAGAGCGAAGCUUCGCUCCUAUCAGGCUCUUCUGAAGCACCUGCACACCUGCGCCAAGGUGGCCAAGAACAAGGUGAUCAAAGCCGAGGAAGGGGCUCUGCCCUCCGCCCCGCUGGACAUGGCCGACAACACGGAAGCCGGCCCCGAUGCCGCGCUGCUGUCUGCGGGGGCCCCCGAGCCUCCUGACGCCAACCAGGGUGGCAUGGAAGACAUGCAGGUGGAUCCGGGACCGCCGGCGACCCCCAGGGACUCCAUGCCUGGUUCUGCUGCGACAGCAGCCCCGCUCCUCACGGUCCCCAUUGGCAGUCUGCCCCCGGACGGCCCCCUGGCUCCUGCCCCGGGCGCCUUCCCUCUCCUGGAGCCCCCACCUUUCUCCCAGCAGUCCCUGAUUAUCCCCGGGCAGCCCCAGCAGGACACCACUCCCAUGCCUUUCCCUGGCUACCAGACCCCCAUGCAGUCGUCUCCGCCCCCCAGCUACGGACAGCACCAGCUUCAGCAGCAGCAGCGGCUUCUCCGCACCGCCGGUCCGGCCCCCCCCGGACCCUCGCCCCCCCCGGCUUCCCCGGGAUCCAACGCAGUGUGGAGGAAGAACCAAGGCCAGUCUUUCAGCAGUCGCAUUCUCUGGGAGCACACUAGGGGGCGCUACAGGUGCCUGCAGUGCAGCCACUCCACCCCAACCCGCCAGGAGAUGACCGCCCACAUCGAGGGCCACCACAAGGGGCCCUCCGGCCGCCUGCAGGGCGAUGUGGACUUCAGAGUGGUCCCACCAUUCCAGCCCAAAAGUUCAUCAGAUGGGGAGCCUUCUGUCUAUACUCAGCUCUGACAGUAUGAUCUCACUGCUGGGGUGUGUGUGUGUGUGUGUGUGUGUGUGUGUGUGUGUGUGUGUGUGUGUGUGUGUGUGUGUGUGUGUGUGUUAGAGAGAGAGAGAGAGAGAGAGAGUGCCCUAAUACUCUCCCUGACCUACCUUCUGCUGUGCUGCAGUCCAAUCAGCAUUUAACUCUUCAGUUUCAGCAAGUAAAAGCUGCUCGGAACCGAACUCUGUCUCCAUUACAUGUUUUGUAGGAUGUUUUUUUUUUUUUUUUUUUUUUUUAAGUACGGACUGUAAACAGAGCAUGACCUGUCUGGACUGUUUAGGAAGUGUCUGUUUUUUUUUUUUUGAGUUUUGCCCACUGGUGUCUUAAGCCUGCCUAGUCACAUGACUGUAGCCAAUCUAGGGCCAUCGAUUGUUUGUUUUUAAUAAUAAUUCGGCUCUUAGUGAAACUAACAUCAGUGUAGAUGGCAGAUCCAUGCAGUAAUGCCCUUCGUUUUCUUACCAAAAAUAUGUUUUGGUUUUUUUUUUGUUGCUAUUCAAUGUACUUGCUUAGAGUCGCAUACAGUGUGGCAUAUACAGGCAUAUUUGUAUUACCUGAGAUGUCUUUUGUACAAUUUGUGGUUUUGGAAAUUAAAUUUAGGAGUAUGCAAAUGAGAAAAUAAAUGCAGACAAUAAAUGAGAA